GUAUUUUUUCGUAGGUUUUUGACUUGACACCUUUACACACUUUGAGAGGACGUGAAAAAGAAAAGAAAAUAUGAACCAAGCUCUAGUACUGUCGUCAAGUUUCGUCUGCCAUUGAGAGAUUUGUUGGAAAGGCUUUGCAAAGCAUCACGACCCGAGGGAAAGAAAAAACCGACUUAAACCACCAGAGUUGCAUGUAGCAAAACUAAAAACCAAAGCAGGAAAUACUGGAUAAAAUUUUGAAUUCACAAUUUUGAAGAAACCUAAUCAACAACCAAUAGUGGAGCGUGAUAUAUUGCAAAGCGUGAUAAGAUUCAUCUGUGGGAUAAAAAAACGUGAACUACACAACAAACCGUGGCACGACGAGCGCAAUAAAAGAAACUCUAAAUCUCCCAAAAACCCUAACUAUCAACCAAGUUGCUACGAAUAAGAUCUUGUGCCAUCAUCUUGAGGAGUUUAAGUGAAUUUUGAAGAAGUUUUUAUCGAUAUACAAGUUUGUCCACACCACGACUUUCACUUCGUGGGAAAUUACGGUAUCAAGAAGUCGGGCGUCGAAAACUACAAAACCAACUCCGUUUCCAGCCAACAGAACACCAGGUGUACGAGGACAUCAUCGAUCUCUCGGCGGAUUUUGUUGACAAGAACAUCUAGUACUCCGCUGCAAAUUUGAAUCCGUGCCGUCGUGGUCCUCACCAGAGCUUCUUCACAUCGAACCGGAGACCAACGUUAAUAUCCGUGUGACCUCAUCGGACCAGCACACGAAAUGGAUUCCCUCGCGGGUUUCUUGCAGGAUUCGCUGACCAGCGCCCCAUCCGCAACGAGCAGCGGCGACAUGUCCGGCUUGGAGGACCUGCUGUUCGGCAGCGGCGGCAAGGGGAACAAUCAUGCGCAAAACGCCGGAGGGCCGCAUCAGAUUGGGGGUCCCCAUGGUGGAAACCACCACGGAAACAACAACGCCCACCCGUCUGCUGGUGCGUCCUCCGACCACGACCUGGCGUCCAUGUUUCUGAACGGCGACUGGUCGGGAAACGGGUCCGGGUCUGGAAACUCAAACUCGUUUUGGGAAAGCCUGGGGUUGAUGUACUUGCUUUUUAUAAAUGUUUAUCUGAUUAUUUUUUGCAAGAAAAAAAUCUUCGCAUGGUGCUGUUGCGGGUGCAUAACACAGAGCAUGUGUUUCCACUGCAUGGUGUGCAUGACAGACAGUAAUGGAUGAUUUUACAACUGUUUAUAGUAUCGCCAAAUUUUUCAUUCAAAACACCAGGGGCAGCGACUCCGGUAGCAGUUCGGCGCACAACAGUUACAACAACGCGGGCGACAAUUCGCACCACAACCCGCAUCCCAACGGCAGGUACCACCAGGGGCCGCAGCACCACCAGCCGAACCACCACAACAACCAGCGCAACUGGAACAACAACAUGUCGGACUUUCACAACAACAAGCCGGCCUUGCCAGCCGUGUCCUCGACCCUGACCGCUUUGCUGGGCAGUUUGAACAACGCGCAGAACAACGCGCAAAACAACAAGUCGCGGGAUCGCGUCGAGCAGCUGAUGGUGUUGCGUCGGGUGGAAGACUCCAUGCGCAAGGGCGGAGCCACCGAUGAGCAGAUCGCGUCCGCAUUGGAGGCCAUGUUGUGGAAGGAUUUAGGUAUAGAUGGUUUCCUAUUUGACUUUAGUUUUGAUGUGUAUUGAUCAUGAGUAGAUAUUGAUGAUGUGAAUACGAUUAAUCGCGCGCCGGCCCUGCGAAAAGCAAAAUGUUGUCACGUAGUGUUUUUAUCUCGCGACGAGCCUGCCCGCUUUCAUUUUCUACGGCGCUUUUCGACGCUAUGAGGCAGCUUCUUUGUUUUCUGGCGCCAAGGAGAUAGAUACAGCAACGCGCCCAUAGUAGGUUGUGUUCCUUCUCGUCGCGCGUUGCUGUAGCACUUCUUUUUAAAAGAUCUUCCUGCGCCUUUUUAGUUGUUUUUCCCAGUAUGAAAAUUGUCGCUCCAUGUGUUCACUUGCUUCCGCGUAAAAUAAACUGUACUGCCCUUCAUAGAAGACCGCCAUCUCUAAUUUAAGCGCACUGCAUCUCGAAACGAGGACAAUAUAUAAAACUACGCACGGUUGAAAAUACCUCCAAAGUGCUAUCGACGAGAGAUAUGUAUUCAUUGACAAUCAAGGAUCGACUUAGUGUGUCACUCGCCAUACAGCCCUGUUUUCUCGAUUUUAGUGUGUUGUCUUUAAAGGUCAAAAUACACUUUGGCUCGCGGAGAGUAACUACGGCAUUUUCCUUAAUUUAGUCAGAUCGAGUAGAUUGUUUUUGAAAUGAUCGAAAUAAAGAACGCAGAAGUUGAUUUUCAUCUUCAGCGCUCUUUCCGGAUGUUCUUCUGUAGCAGACUAAAAGUCGCUCGUUCGGAUAAAAACAGCACUCUCUUUGACGUUUCUUUUGUUUCCCACAUCUUUUCAUUUUUUCGUCUUUUGGUAUUGAAACUGUUUCGCACUGUUAAAACGAUGUAGCAGUGAAGGAGUGAAACUCGUCAAAGUCACGUAGUUUUAGAACUGACAGAUUGAUAAUUUUGUCUCGAGAAGAACCGGCAGCACCAGCUUCGGUGUCCUCUUAAGUAAUUACCCUUUGAAGUAUUCGUAUUCCAGCCUUUUGCUCGCUCUCGCUUCCAGUUGCUGUCUUUGUAGCAAUUGUGAGAGUUCUUUUUGUCGUCCUCGCUAUUUCAUCUUUUUGGGCAUAACACCGGCCCGAAAAAAACCCGAGAGUACUGCUGUUUUCUCGCGUUCAAUAAAUAUUGUACAUUCAUCAGCAUCUCGCCGUAGAAGUAAGUUUCCGCACGACAAAUUGGAAAGCGAAAAUCGCAUUAUCGAAAGCAGAGUGUACACGAGUUGCUUCGUCAGACACCGUGACUGAAUAGUACACACGACGCUGAGUUGUUUCAUUGCGCCCAUCAAUUAUACGCGACCCUCGUCGAGAAUACUCUUGUGCUUCUCGGCCGCGUUUUACGUAAAAAUUAUCGUACCUUUCUACCCAAUUUUUCAUCCUUGAAAUGUUUUUCUUCAACUGGAAAGGCGCCAUGAAGGGCGGCGGCUACGGCCCGGACCGCGGCGGACCGCGCGGCAUGAUGGGGAGCCACCGCGGCGGCUACCACAACGGCCCGUACGGUAUGGAUUCCGGGGACCGCUGGGGCUCCGGCCCGACCUGCCCGCCCGCGGACGUGGCCAUCCCGGGGACCGACCGUCACUGCUACACCUGCGCGCGCACCUUUGACUACCGCAGAACGCACUGCGACUCGUGCCGAGCGCCGUUGUCAGUCGUGGACUCGAAGCAGAACAACUGGGAAUGCCGUAUUUGAUGUGACAUAAUUUUUGCAAUAAAAUUUGUGAUGCAUAAAACUGAUGAUGAUGUUCAUUAUUUGUGAUGCAUAAAGGACUGUUCUCAUGCUGUGCAAAAAAACACGACCCCGAAUCAAAUUACAGCCUGCGGUCAGCCGAACUGGUUGUGGCGCAAGACGUGCCGGCGGUGCUUGAAGCCCAGAGCACAGGGUGAGGAGAGGCUCGACCGUCCGCCAGCGCCGGCCGAGGUCAUCGUGAUCAAGAAGGAAGAGUUGCAACAGGUCGCGAGGUAUGGAUUGCAAAAGCAGCGCACUGCUCGUACUGGUUAUACGAUAUUUAUUUUGCAUAGCAGAUUGUUCCAUCUCGUGCCUUUUACUUACUACCCAAAACUGCAUGUGACUUUUGUUUGUCAUGCUAGUUUACGCUAGAGGCGUUGCUUUUGCAAUGCAUACCUUGAAGCUGGACGAGCGGCCGAUCUGGAAUAUGGAGAUGAAAUUGCACAAACCUGAGGCUUGGGAACGCAACCAUCUUAAACGCAUUUUAGAAAUCCUGGAAUGCUUCUGUUUUCGGCAUGAAUUCACUCCGGACAACAAAUGAUCUAUGCGACGUUCCUCUAACGUGAAAGUGAAAAGUAAGAUACUUCUCUGCGGAAAGAUUUGAUUGUGCCUGUACGUAGUGCCACUUGCAGAAUCAUUUCACCACAAGCAUGAGGUCUAAUUCAGGAGGUGCGUUGCCAAGCCUGAAUCUUCCAGUAGCAUAAAAUACCACAACGUACCGAAGACUACCCCGGCCAAGCGGGCAAUCAUGAAGCCACCACCGCAGGUCCUGCCGCCGCCGAGCAAGAGCAAGGUAUAAAGUGCAUGCGCAAGUUGUCAGUGUGUGUUUUUUCUGCAUGACAGAUCCUAAUAUGCUUUUUGUGAAGCAUAAGAAGUUCUUCCAUGCAUCAUGUCAAAAUUAAACACAUCGCAUCAACAUCACCAAACAGGGUGGAGAGUCAUCGUCUAGUUGCAGUGCUAUCCAAUGAAAUGGAGGCAGGUAAAUCCGAGACAAGAGUUUGUCUUUUAUAUGCAUCUUCAUAAGCAUGAAAAGUAGAAGAUGUAGCACUUAGCCAUUUUUGGAUUAUAUGCAAGACAAAUUCUGGCUCGGAACUACCUUUAUUUCUUCAAGCCCAUACCUGCCGCCGAGGAUCCGGAAGUCCAGGAGGAGCUCCGAGCGUGGCUCACGGGUGCUGGGGACGGGCAGGAUGAGGGGAUGACGGCUGCUACGGACUGUGCCAGCAAGGAGGUAUCUGCGAGUGAGACCAGUCACCAGAUCAGCCCCCAGCAGAAGUAUGGAAUAAAGUGAUGGAGUUGUUUCUAGUUCUUCCGAUCAAGUUUGCCAUGGACCGGAUACUUGUUCUUGCAUAGGGGACGAGAUUUUUUAAGUCACCGUAUAAAUAUGCAAUUUAAGUAAAUUUAUUUUUGCGCAUGUAGUGCUACUUGUACUUGGAAAACUUGACGGAACUAGAGGCUCUUCGUCUUUGCCUGUGAUGACAAACAGGAUUCCGUGUGCGGACACAGUUCCAGAAGCUGUAUAAAAAUUUUCACAUGAUUUGAUGUUUGGUGUUGUUGCAUGAACAUUUAAUUUUUUGACUUCUCCAUGACAGAGUCAGUCUCAUAGUGAUGCUCUUCAUGCUCUACGCCUGAGAGAGAGAAAAAAUGAAAAAUGACUCUCAACAGCCACGGAGGGGAAGCAGGAGGCGAGCUCACCGGAGUUGACAAAGGAAGUGGAUGUGGGGGAGGUAUGUAGUGCAAAAAUCGUAUCAAAACAAGACCUCUUGUAUUAUGUGCAUGAGCAGCUGCAGCACGAUAUGUCUUUGUCAUGCGAUAGCGACUAAGGUCAUGCGAAGAAGGAUAUGCAAGGUGCAAUACAAAGGUCGUGACCAUGAUGACGCGAUUUUUCCUUUCCAUACUAGCUGUGAAGAAGUUGCCAUCAAGUGGUUAAGAUUUUUUCGCAGAAGAGUAUCACCUGGAAACACUUUGGGACUUGUGCUUCGUCGACCAUAUUGGUAGUGAGGUAUUCAUCAUCUUCUUGCGCUCCUACUAGGAGUAGGAAAUAAAACACCUUCUGGCAGAUGAAGAAGAUGAAUAGUGUAGCCCAAUAUGGGAAGAUGAGUUGCAAGGAAGUUUUUCCGGUUGAUAACGCGCAGGAAAAGAAGUGAAAAACUGAUGAAAACUUGAUACUGCUAGUACACACUUUGGAUUUUUGAUAACACACUUUAUUCCCUUGUUUGAACAAAAUUAAAACCAAUUCCAAUCUAUUACAGCAACUUCACAGCAAUUUUCAACAAGAAAAAGACAACACUCAAUGACAGUUUGAAGAAAAUAAACCACAGCUUACAGCAAAAGUAAAAACAUCCUACUUCAAAUUUUAUCCUUUAGUCAACAAAAAUCCACUUCUAAUCGGGCUGUUAUCUCAACUUACUUUCUUUGGUCACUCUCGAGCACCACGACCCCUUGCAGAAGAGGAGGAGGCACUUAUUACUAGGGCAUCUUCGAGUCACAUCUCGAGAAUGUGCAAGAUAAAAGAACUUUUCUAGAGAACUAGGUGAUAGUUGGGUUUAGUUUACCGGGAGUUUUAGUUUCAAUUUUCUUGUGCUUCUAUCGAACUACAAUUCGUGUGACGAAAGAACAGAGUCAGGCGAGGUUUCCCGCUCGGCGCAACGACAUAUUUCCAGCACCGUCGCUAGUAAUCUUGUUUUGAUAUGGCGCACCGGUACUAAAAAUGUUGACUGUAUUCCCAAGGAGGUGCGUGCGAUUGCGAACUUCGCAUCGUAACGCUUGGGCUUGUCACAUUUAUUCAGAGAGCUUCUUUCCACUAUUGUGAUUUUAUUUACACAUUACAGAUUGAGAUUUUACAGCAAUUACAAAAGUUACCGAGUGUCAGUUUUUACAAUCUAUAGCAUUUCACCAGGUUUCAGUUAUUUUACUUUCAAAUUUUACACAUCAGAAAAGCAGAAUGUCACCAAAUUUUACAAUUUUUAGCUAACACCUCCAAAAGCUUAUGCUAUCUUGAGAAUACAACUUUUGUCUGCGAAAUCACUUUGUUGUGCGAUUUUGACCACUCGAUUGUUUAUUGUUUCUCUUGACAAGAACCAGAUUUGUUACCCUUUAUGAGUUUUUCUAGAAAAACGAAAUCUAAUUACCACCAGUCGCGAACUUUGCUUUUUUUCACCACCUAUCUCAACAACAGACUAGAACCAAUACUCCGCUUGAUGCUAUCCAACUGAUUUUUUUUUUAGACCGAUACAGAUACGAACAAAUAUUGAAUUUGAGUUUCUUGCAAAUAUUGAAUUUCGCACGACCGGAUUGACAAAUCAAUACCCAAGUGCGCCGAGCCAGAAUGGAAAAUGAUAAAGCGAUGAAUAUAUUGCGAGUAACACAACUACUAUCAAGCAGAGCAGCAAUAAACAAUAAAACAGCAGGAGGUUUCAUGGGUCUCUUUUAGUGCAGACAGGUGCCUAAUCAGCAACGCAGCUUCAUCGUCAUGCGAUAACGGAGUACAUCACUAUACUUGUUGAGGUGGGCUUGACUCUGUUUCACCCUACAAUACCAUCGCCGAACUACUCUAAUUUGGUUCUAAUUAUUUAUUCGCGGGCCGAUAUUACAACUAGACAGCUCCUUGCCGCAAAUAUGCUCGCUCUACUGUGCCAGUCCAUUAUCAAUCCACAAGCGAAGAAGUAGUUCGGGCGACACCAAGCGCCGUCAGACAGAGCAAUGAUUACUACUUUCUUAUUGGAGAAAAAAGUAAGUAUCAUUACUAUCGUCCGGUGUUAAAACGAGACUGUCACGCAACGCAAGAUAAAUUAUCCAUCUCUACUUCAGUAGCAUCACCUCUGCGACUACUAACCACUGUGGCUAAUGAGAAAAAUGGGUAUGCAUCAAUACGCUUGCAGUUUCGGACGAGACAUCAAAACCAAUGAAAAUCAUGUUUCAGCACAUAUAUGAUGAAACAACGUGAUCUCACUUUUACAAAAACGCAGGGUUUCAUCGAUCACAAUUAUUGGGAGGGCAAGGAUUGUUAUGGAUUUGACGAGCACAGGACUCUACUGCGAUCCAUUUGGUUGAAAGAGAAGUCGCAAUUUGAAUUGCCGCUGUUGUUGACUGAAAAAAAUUUGAAUCGUACGACAAGUGUACUAGUUUCUAGAACUUUUUUCUCACCUUUUUAUCCCG